CGUGCCUCGACUCGUGCACGCUCUUUUCAAUGCACUAAACGGGUCGCUGGAGCUCGACGUGCACUGCUCGUGCUUUGAGAUUUCAAACGAAAAGGUCUACGACUUGCUCGUCGGAGCCACCAUGACGCCGUCGCCGCCUCGGCGCACCAUGUCCCGGUCACGCCGCAAACGGACGCUCUGGAACGUCCAUGCCAAGCCAACGCAUGACACGGACGACCUCCCAGUGCUGACACAAGCCAACGGCGCGACGCUCAUCGAGGGCUUGAGUGCCCAUGCCAUGAAGACCCGCGACGACGUACUCGACGUCUACAACCAGGUCGCCGGCCACCGCUCCAAACGCUUGCGCCGCGGCCAUGUCAUCUUUCAGUUGACGCUGCAGCCGCGCGACCCCACGCGGCGUGCGUCCCGGCUUUUCUUGGUCGACUUGGCGGGCAUGGAGGUGGCGCCCGCGCAGCACACGCCUGAAGUCGCGUCGAUCCACAAGAGCUUGUCGCAUCUCUCGCAGUGCGUGCAUGCGCUCGCCCAGCGCCGAGCACGCGAUCACAUACCGUACCGCGCGUCGAUCUUGACGCGCUUGCUGCAGCCAAGCCUCGAAGCCUCCGGACUCACGACGUUUGUGCUGACCGCGACGCCGGCGACGUCGUCGUGGGACGAGACGUGCACGACACUCCGGCUCGCCGAGCGUCUCAAGGGCAUUGAAAGUGGCGACGUGGUCCGGCGCGAGAUCUUGCCGCCCAUGGCGCUCGAGGCCCGUGUCGCCGCCCUCGAGGCGGAAAAUGCCCGUGUGCGGGCGACCCUCGAGGCGACGCGGGCGCAGUUGGCGCAGGCGAAGGACGCAGAAAGGUCGCUUGCGACCGAGAACGAGAUGCUGCGAUCCCACAUUCGGGCGUCCGAAGCCAUGCUCCGACGCGUGCGCCUCGUGCUCACAAAAGAGACGGCCGACGACUCGACAUUCCCAGCGACGCUACCUGUCGAGCUGGACAGCCCGAGCGACGAGGCACAUCGACCACAUGGCACACUUCCAGCGCUCCAUCUUGCGGCCGACCCAGAAGAGAGGUUGCCGUGGCGGCUCCAGAAGCAACUCGUGGCGAUUCCGCUUCCGAUGCGCGUUCAAGAGCGCAAGCGACUGCUCUCGACGACGAAGCGGGCGGCCAAGGCGUCGACGUCUCGGCGCCGGCGCAAAGAACGACCGCCCGACGGCAACGGUGUGGUGGACGAUGACGAGUUGCCCGUGCUCGAGGAGGACGCACCGGUCGGCGAGAAACAACCGGCGCCACCACGGUCGUCGGCGCCGAUACACCGUGGUCGCAGUGCGAUGGCGAGUGCUCGCAAGGCCGACGAAGUGCAGUUGCCGCAGCUCACCACCAAGAGAGUCUCAGGCCAGUGCCGUUCCAGUACCAAGUGCUGAUCGACGACGAAAGCCAGGCACUGCUGCAGAUUGAUGACUACAAAGCCAAUCGACGUGUGCAGCUCGAAGCGGCGUUGGAGAGCCGACCGUCGUAAUCACAAGCAACAAAUACUGAGGCCGUGUUAUUCGCUCG